AUGAGGACUCUGGUUAUUUUGGCAGUGUUGGGCGUGUGCUCGGCUGUCCCCUCCAUAGGAGACACCCCAGAAGUGGCGGCAGAGAAAGCUCGUUUCUUCCAAGCUUUCCGAGCUGCUGAGGCCUCUGCUAAGCCACAUUACAACGCUCACCAACAGGCCCAUAACACCGGUCACUACAACCCUCAUCAAUACAACCAUGGAAAAUACAAUCCUGGUCACUACCACCAACCCAAGUGGACCGGCCCCGUGGCUGCUACCAUACCCGCCGGUGUCGACGGUACCAUUACCCCCGUAUCCGACACAAGGGACGUUUCUGCUGCCCGCAACGCUUUCUUCAACGCCUACCAGUCUCACUUGCUGCCCUGCAGGCUGCACGCCACCUGUUUUAAAGGGCUGCACGCCACCUUUUUUAAAGGUUUGCACGCCACCUGUUCUAAUGCUCCCACGCCACCUGGUUUAAGGAUGCACGCCACCUGGUUUAAGGCUGCACGCCACCUGUUUUAA